ACAGCGCUCAGCAUGGAUCCUCUCCCCAACUUUAUUUCGGUGUUUUACUGUUAGUUUGGCGUUGUGUCGGGAUUAACCCUUUAUCGUCUGGACCCCGUAGCUUAUCUAGACACCAUGUUCACCACCACCGGUUCUCGGGGCCUGUACAAGGCUCCUCUGUCUAAAAGCCUCCUGCUGGUGCUCAAUGGGCUGACUGUGAUGCUCACCCUGCUGCCACAGUACCAGCAACUGUUCGUGUACAACCUCCAGGCUGUCACACAGCAGCACCAGGUGUGGAGGUUGUUGUGUGGCAGGCUGGUCUGUCUAGACGUGAAGGACUCCUUCUGCAGCAGUCUGCUCAUUUACAACUUUCGAAUCUUUGAGAGGAGGUUUGGCACCAGGAAAUUUGCUUCCUUCCUGUUGGGCACUUGGUGUCUCUCUGCACUGAUAGACUUCCUGUUGGCUCAGGCCUUCCAGUUUCUAUUUGAUUAUGAGGUGGAGGAACUGCCUGCAGGACUGCUUGCUCCAGUCUUCUCUCUGUUUGUGCCUUUCUACCUUUCGAUCCCCCGGAUGCCAGUCACCCAGGUUCUGGGUCACAUCCAGAUCACCAACAAGUCUCUGGUCUACAUAGUAGGCUUGCAGCUGUUGACUUCCAGCCCCUUCAUGUGGCUGCUUGCACUCAGUGGACUGAUCUCAGGCGGACUGUACCACUCCAAUGUUCUCCGGUUACAGAAGAUCCUCUUUGUACCUGCCUGGGUGUCUCGUAUUGGACGGUACAUCCUGGAGCCGCUCUUCUCAAGCUCCCAGCCAAGCAGUGAGACACCUCUGGGGAUGGGAGCCACUCUGGACAUUCAGAGGCAGCAGAGGAUGGACCUGCUCGACCAGCAGCUGCUGCUGGCCCAGUACAACGAGGCGAGGAGGAACACCAGACAACAGCCACAGGCUGGAUUGCUACAGUGGACCAGGCUGUUCCCCUCCCUGAGACACAGAGGACAGAACCGACCCCCGAUGCAGCCCCGCCCUCAGGCUCAGACACACCAGUCCACUCAGCCGACUCUGGACAACUCUCCUGUCGCAGAGGAACAGGUUGCGCGGUUAGUGGAAAUGGGCUUUUCCAGGAUCGACGCCCUCGAGGCCCUCAGAGCUUCAAAUAACGACAUUAACAUGGCAACCAACUUCCUCUUGCAACACUGAGGGAAAGAGCUCAGUGAGAGGAAAGAAGAAAAACGAGAGGUGAUUGAGGACAGAAAGACAAAGCAGAAAAAGAAGCAACCAAAGCAGGGAAGCAAAAAAAAAAAAAGCGAAACAGAGAGAAAUGUUGCAGAGAAUUGAAGAUGGUGAAUGAUGGAGAAUGGAAGAGAAGCCAAAUGAAAUUUGUACAGAUAAUCUGAAGGCAGCGCCACUGCUCCCCGAAGCAGCGUUAGGUUGACUCGAACUGAACUGAGCCCGAUAGCAGGCUGAUUAAUAAAGACGUGUGAAGCACAACGUGGAAGACAUUUGCGUCAUAGCUUUCUGGUGGCCGUCUUAGUGUGAAACAGGCGUCAUCGCUCAAGGCAGAUGAGUUAGACCUCGAACUCCAAGGGGUGCCCGACAAAAAUAUACAGAAACCAAACAGGUACACAGUAGAAAAACAAGUCUUCAGUCCAGUGGUGGAUGUGUAAAGUGGGCUAUUUCUUCAAAACAGAAUUAACAGAUCCCACAGACCCUCAUGGAGAACAACCUAUAGCUACACAAACUACAGUUUAAUAUAUCCCAAUAUAAUAUACUGCCACUUCAAAAAUGGCUACCAUUCUAGACCCUCAUAACUGGCAGGAGAUGACGACAUAAAAGAAAAAAGUGCACAAAGUUUUAGAAAUAGUGGAUCAGAAAACAUUGUCACUUGUCAGGUUUUAUUCUCGUGCUCAAUUAAGUCAUAUACCUUUCGUUAACUUUAGGCCAUCCACUUUUGGGCAGUUUUUUUGCAGCAUAAAAUGUUAAAUUCUCUAUGAUGAGGUGCAGCAGCCACAAUCACAGCGUCAUAAUUUCUGAUUAAAAGAUCCAUCAGCAACCUCCUUCAUCAUGGUUUUGCUACAUGGUUCUGACUUCUUUGUAUUGGCUGUGUUUCAUGGAAGUAGCAGGGCUCAACCCUUUCCUGCUUGAGAAGUUUGAACAAAGCCUGACUGACAGAUACUGAAGGAGCCAGCUUCUUUGGAGCUGACUGGUUUGGCCCAGACAGGGCUGUUUUGGCAGAAUACUGGUUAAAUGGACUAUCUCAGGGUCUGUGAGGCGACUUCUUUGUUAAUGACAUAAUCACAUUUGCAGACAUGAGUGCACACACACAGAUGCACAGUAGCCCUUCAAAGAGGACAUGUUUGUUACCCUCGAAAGUCUCUUCAUUUCAUGCACUCACAUGCAUACACUGCACACACUCCUCAAGGUUCAUUUACUGUCUUAACCGAGUGUUUUCUCUGCCAGCACACUUGUCUGAAUCAUAGCAAGUCUUAAAAGUCUGUUGAUAUUUAUUAUGCAAUAUCAUGACAGAAGAAGUUUAUGGAGACUAUGCACUGCAUAGUAACUACCUUGUGUACAUAUACAUACAUGCAAGAGAAGUAAUAUUGCAGCCAAUGUGUAUUGAUGUCAGAGACAGAUGCUAGUUUUAUAUUUUGUGCAUAAUAAUAUUGAUAAUAUAUGACCACUGAAAUGAGUCUGUUAUUUGUGUGUAUGUGUUUUUGAGAGUGUUAUAAUAGUAUGUGGGCGUGAUGAGGGAGUUGUUGCAUGGACAACUUUCUGAUGAACUGUAAUGAGUCAUAUUUGAUCUGUGGAAUAAAUCAACUUGCUGACUGAA